CUCAGAUACACGUCGAAGGCGCUGAACCUCCUCUCAAGAUGACUGCAGGCUUGUGUGUGUGUGUCGUGCUGGCAGUCUUGUGUACGAGCUGUUUGGGGCUCCCUUUCUCCUCCCAUCUCCUCGAGGAGGGCCAGCGCUCCAUCGCUGUUCCUUCUGAAGCUCUCCUCCACGCUGACACCCAAAGCUUGGGGGACACCCACCUCCAACACAGCCGCUCUGCCUCCCAGCUGAAAGCCCUUCCUCUGGCGGAGGAGGACGCAGACUCCCGAGCCAACCUCGGUGAGCUGUUGGCAAGACUCAUCUCCUCCAGGAAAGGUUCCGUGCGCAGAAACUCGGCGGCGAACAGAGGCGGCGCUCUGAGCGCCAACCACCGGAUAGCAGACAGGGACUACUUGGGGUGGAUGGAUUUCGGCCGCCGCAGUGCAGAGGAGUAUGAGUACUCCUCGUAAAGGGGAGUCACGGCUCAAACCCUCCGUGCAGGCACAUGAGAAAAAGAAGAAAAAAAUAAUAAACCCACGCAAGCUGGCUCCUUUCUGUCUCACAAUAAGAGUCUAUGAUGUAUUUGUUGUACAUUUGUUUGUAAAACUGUAAUAAUGCAAUAUAUACACAUGCCAAAUUUUGCAGAAAAGCUCUCACUGUCCAAGGAUGUUUGUUUCUGGUUUUCAUGGUUUCUUUAUCCUUUUGGGUGGGGAGGAUUGGGAUGUUGUCAGGGUCUGUUGAGAGUUACUGGACUGAAUAA